AUGCAUAUCACAGCAAGCGCGAACAACGGUGAGAAGGGGUGGGCGGACACCCUGUGGUCGAGGUCUAGUUCUCCUAUCGGGCUCUCCGCGCUCGAGAACGCAGGCAAAGAAGCGGAUUGUUCUAUCCAGGAGACGGGGGAAGAGAAGGAGGUAGAUGGACAGGACUCACAGCCUCGCAAUCUCGCCAUCUGGAUCGCAGUGAAUGUCGUGUCGACCGUGUCGAUUAUAUUCACUAACAAAUCCAUCUUCGCUCAUGAGUCCUUCGGCCACUGCCAGAUGGCCUUUGCAGCCUACCACUUCUGCAUCACCGGCCUGACGCUGUGGACACUCUCGCGGCCGUGGUGCGGCACCUUCCAGAGCAAGCCCAUCCCCAUCUACCAGAUCCUGCCCCUGGUAGCCCUGAUGAGCUCGCAGGUCGUCCUUCAGAAUCUCUCGCUCGCCUUCUCCUCCGUCAUCCUGCACCAGCUCGUGCGCCUCCUCCUCACCCCAGCCACCGUCCUCCUCAACUUCCUCCUCUACGGCGUGACCAUCCCAUCUGCGUCCGUCCCCCCGCUCGCCACGCUGUGCUUCGGCGUCGGCGUCGUCACAUACUACGACUCUUUGCCGGCGUCUGACUCUGUGGCAGCCGCGUCCACCUCCUCGAAGGGCGUGCUGUUUGCCCUUGCGGGCGUCUUCGCCAGCGCACUCUACACGGCUCUCAUCGCGCGGUAUCACCGCCACUUUGAGCUCAAUAGCAUGCAGCUCUUGUUGAAUCAGGCGCCUGUGGCGACUGUGUUGCUGGCUUGCGUUGCUCCGUUUGCGGAGGGUCCUCCUGCGAUGGUGCCAUCGUCACUGUGGGGGUCUAUUCUGAUGAGCGGUGUAUUGGCCUGCCUAGUCAACGUCUCGCAGUUCUACAUCAUCGACGGGAUCGGCCCUGUGAGCAGCACGGUCAUCGGACACUUGAAGACGUGUAUUGUAGUUGGGCUGGGAUGGGCACUGAGUGAGCGGCCGGUCUUACGACAGAGUAUUGGUGGGGUUGUCAUAGCUCUGGUGGGGAUGACGCUGUAUCGCUACCUGCGAUGGUUCCUCGCCGUCGCCGUCCUCCUCGCCCUCAUCUACAGCCUCCCCCAAGACGUCUCCCACCGUCUCCACCAAAAAGCCCCCUUCAUCUCAACAACAAAGACACCACCCCAAGCACGCCAAAUCUCCGCAGAACUGCUCCUAUCCCGCCCCCUGGCUAACAAAGACUACACCUCCAUCCCCAAAAUCAUCCAUCAGACAUGGUUUCCUGCAGGGACUAACAUGUCCGAGCGUGCCCAGCGCUGGGUGAAUACCAUGCGCGGGUACAACCCCGACUGGGAGUACGUGCUGUGGGACGACCAGACGAAUCGGCUGCUGGUCGAGACGCAUUUUCCGUGGUUUUUGGACGCGUACGAUGCGCUGCCGAAGGAGAUUCUGCGUGCGGAUGUUAUCCGGAAUUUGUACAUGUUUGUUUUUGGGGGAAUGUACGCCGACGUCGACACCGAAGCGCUCCGUUCCUCGAACGCCCUUUUCGCCAGCUACGCUACCUCUCUGUCACCCCAUCUAGGCACACUGAUGGACACAAAGAGCCCCCCAGAGUCCAUGCAGCGGGCUUUUCUCGGCCGUAUGAGCCACAGUGAGGACCUGCAGAGCUCAGCGGCCGUACCCAACGGAUGGAUGGCGUCUCCCCCAGGCCAUCCCUUCUGGCUACUUCCCGUGCUGCACGUCCUCGAACAGCCCGAAGGCACAGGCGACGGGUCCGUCGAGGGCCUGACCGGCCCGGGAGCCCUCAGCGCCGUCAUCGGGCGGUACUACGACAAGUUUGCGAACGGCACGGCGCGGGCACACGCCUGCGAGGCGAUCCAGCGGUGGAAGCCUGGGUGGGAUCUCUUCUGUCAGGGGGAGGACGUUGCCGAUCUGCAGGAUCGGUUGGUGCUGCUGCCGCAGAAACAGGUGUAUCCGUUUAGCUGGGUGGAUGAUAAGGACUCGGUGUGUUUGGCGGCGUGGGAGAAUCCGUUGUUCGAUCCGGAGGAGUGUAAGAGGGUGAUGGAUGUGGAUGCUUGGCCGAGUUAUUUUAUCACAUAUUGUACGCAUUCGUGGUGA